UUGGAAAAUUCAAUGCAACAAGUUUUUCUUGACAUUGCAUGCUUCUUCAAAGGUGAAGAUAAGGACUAUGUGAUACAUGUACUAAGAAGUUGUAAGCAGAAGGUCUCCCAAGAUUGUAUAGAAGUACUCGUUGAGAAGGCUAUCAUAACUAUUGAAUGUAAUAGGAUUUGGAUGCAUGACUUGCUAGAAAAAAUGGGAAAGGAUAUAGUUCACGAAGAGUGCCCCAUUGAGCCUGGCAAGCGUAGUAGAUUAUGGUUUCAUGAGGAUGUCUACCAUGUUCUAACGGGAAAUACAGGCACAGGAAAAAUUAAAGGCAUCAUGAUGGAGUUUCCCAAGCCAAAUGCGAUAACAUUGAAGGCAACAAGCUUCUCUGGGAUGGACAAUCUUGAAAUUUUCAUAAAUCGCAAUGCAAUUCUAUCUGGACACAUUAAAUAUCUACCCAACGACUUGAGGUUCCUUGAUUGGGGUCAAUGCCAAUUACGUUCUUUGCCAUCCAAGUUUUAUGCAAUGCAUCUUGCUGUGUUCAAUAUGCCUUGCGGUAGUAUGAGAAAGUUGCAAAAAUUUAAGUAUAUGCCAAAGCUGAAAUCUUUGAAUUUGAGUGGCUGUCAAUUCUUAAAAAAAAUCCCUGACUUAUCCGGAAUCCCAAAUAUAAAGUGGCUGAAUCUAAGUAAUUGUACAAGUUUGGUUGAGGUUGAUGAUUCUGUUGGACUCCUUGAUAAACUUGUUGAAUUGAAUCUUGAUGGAUGCGUUAAGCUUACAAGGUUUGCAACAACACUUAGAUUGAAAUCCCUGGAAAGGCUUUGUCUACGUAAUUGUGGAAGGCUUGAGAGCUUCCCAGAAAUAGAGGACAAGUUGGAAUCCCUGGUGAUUUUGAAUAUCGGAGGAAGUGGCAUAAGAGGAUUGCCAUCAUCAGUUGCAUAUCUUACUGGGAUUACAUUUAUGAGUGCUGGUUAUUGUGACAACCUUACAUUUACGUCAUUGCGUAGUAUAUAUGGAUUGCAACGUCUCACUACAUUUGGCGAUAAGGUGAACUCUGACUCAAACAUCUCAUUAGCUCUUCCCAAGCUAGUUUUCUUUAAUCUCCAAGGAUGCAAUUUAUCAGAAAGUAACUUCGUCCUGCCUCUCGACUGCUUGUUCACGUUUACAUUUCUUGAUCUAUCGGGAAACAAUUUUGUCAGACAUCCGGGAUGCAUUAGUAAAUUUGUCAACUUAUGGUUUCUUAGAUUAAAUGGUUGCAAGGGGCUUCAGGAAAUUCCAGAAUUGCUUCGACCAAGUGUAGAUCGGGUACUCCUGCCUAAUUGCACAUCAUUGGAAAAAAUUUCAAAACUUCCCCAGGGGGUUCGGUGGCUGGAUUUGGUCAAUUGUCAUAGACUAGGUGGCUAUGAGAUCACUGAAAAUAUUCUUCUGAAUGAGGUACCACAUUCUGUAUUCGAAAUUAUACUUCGAGGCAAUGCAUUUCCAAAGUGGGUCAGCUGUUGUAAAAAUGCAACAGUAUGUAGAUAUCCUGAUGUCGAGGAUAAAGAGGAAUACAUUGGUGGAUGUGAAUUUUCUUUUGAAAUUCCUCCAAAUUUAGAACGGGAGACGUCAAGAUUGGUUCUAUGUGUUAGUUAUCAUUACCCUUACUUUGACGAUGCCAAGAUUCUUAUCAAUGGAAAACUCGUCAAUGAGAUAUGGAUUGGGGAUACGUCUGCAACGGAGACAGAGGAUACUCAUGUGUGGCUCAAGUGUGUUCCAUUAUUGGAUCCGCAGAAGUUACGUGUGGGAGAAGAACCGACGCAUUUGCAGCAGGGUAAUAUGUGUCAAGUUAUAUUUCACUUGCAAGGCGCAGGACCGAUACCCGUUAUAAGCUGUGGGGUACACCUAUUAGGCCACCAGGUUGCUGAUGUUAGUUGGAGUGCCAUGGCUGGUGACGACGAUAUAACGAUGAAUGAAUCAACGAGUUGUGUCGGAAAGAGGCCUCGUGGAUCAGAUAUCACCGCAGUUGAUGAUCAUGAUCAUCAAGAGCAAUCGCUUUGCUCGUCUUCAGAACCAACGGAUCACCCAAAGCGGAGGCAUAUUGAUAUUGAAGAUGAGAAAGUCCUUUCUUCUGAGCAGCGAAUUUAAUGCCAAAGAAUAAACCCCACAAUUCAGCCUCAAGCACCUGUCCUUUCCCCAAGUUUACGGCAAACCCAGCAAUCCAGUCUCCAUUAGAAAUUUCCUCUGUCCUUUCACAUUAUUUUGGCACGGUGGUCUCUUUUCUUUUCACUACGAGUUGUCAAAAGAAAAAGUAAAGAUAAUGCUUGUCAAAAGAAAAAGGCAUCUUGAAAAUUAAAGGAAAUAUCACCGUUUGAUCACUUACAGUUGCAAUGAAAUUUCUUCAUCUUUUACUUAA